AAACCGUCAUCCACGCCGCGCUUGCCCUUUCUCGCCACCCUCCUUGACCCGACAUCGUGCCUGAACCAAAGAACACAAACUCGAAGGCAACAUGUCGGCGCUCCGCUCGUGGUUCCGCGGCCCGUCCGCUCCGGCGAGCUCCAAAUCCUCCUCGAAGGGCGCGACUCCCGGCCAGAGCCCAAUCGAGAGCACGUCGAGCCUCGGUGGCAAAGCAAAACCCGCAAUCUCCCCCGCGGAGCAAGAAGCUCGCGACAUGGACGAUGCGAUCGCCGCCGCCGGGCUGAUCAUGAACGACGACAUCGAGGGCGCGGAAGCGCUGCUGCGUUUGCGCGAGGACGCUUCCACAUUCCACCAAUUGGGGCUGGGCGUCACGAGCUUCAUGAGGAGUAUCCUCGGUUUCGAGAAAGAAAUCAUGACGGAGGCGGCGAACAGGCUGAACGAGACGGAAAAUAGAGCGUGGAAUGACAUCAAGAAAGCACAGAAAGAGGCGGAAAAGUCGGGCAAUGGGUCGGCUACUGGCACAGGGUACUGGUACUCGAAGCCCGCGGUCGUUGACCCGGAUGCCGCGGCGAAGGGAGGCCGGAGCAAGAUAUACCCGCCAGGUUCUGAAUUUGCCCUCGUCAAUGCCGAGGCGCAGCUCAUGAACGCCGUGGUGGGAGUGAUGCACGAGAGCUUGACCGAGGCCAUCAAAGGUUUCUACAAGUUGCGGAAAGCAUAUGUUACGCUAGACGGCAUAAUGGCGGCGGAGGGGCGUUAUUUGACGUCGAUAGGGCAAGGAGAGGUGAAGAACACGGCUCCGGUAAAGAGAGGCAGCUUUUCAGAGGACCCCAUGCCGGGGACGUUUGACGAGUCCGAGUUCUCCUACCUCGACGACGACACACAGACACCCGUAAGUAAGGAAAAUGGUGAUCAAUCGGCCGGGGAAAAAAUGAAAGACGCUGCGCAGGCUCCUGGCGAUGUAGCCGCGGCCCAGCAGGAUACGGCGGCGCUUGAGGAGAAGUUAAGUCGGGUUGCCAUGACGGAGGACGUUAAACCGCAGCCAGCCUCAAAGGAACGUCUGGGCAACGGGUCACAAACCCCCGGUAGUGACGCGCUGGAGCAGCUCAACACAUCCGGUCCCGACAAGGCCCUUUUCAGUUCCCCCGUCGACGUCUUCGUUCACAGUGGCGCCAGCAUGUGCUUUGGCAUUCUUCUCCUUAUCCUUUCCAUGGUGCCUCCGGCUUUUUCCCGCCUUCUGUACGUCAUUGGCUUCAAGGGCGACCGCGACAGGGGCUUGAAAAUGCUCUGGCAAGCCACCAAGUUCCCCAACAUUAACGGGGCGAUGUCCGCGCUGGUCCUCCUCAACUACUACAACACCUUCCUCGGGAUGGCCGACAUCCUCCCACCGGACGAAGGCGUCGACGACCCCGCAGUCUCCGGUUCGGACGGCAGCACCCAUGGCGGCAACGAAAGCGAGGUCGAAACGGUCAGCUACCCCAAGGAGAAGUGCACGGCGCUGCUGGCGACGAUGCGCGAGCGGUACCCGGACUCGCGGCUGUGGCGGCUGGAGGAGGCGCGGGUGCUGGCCAACUCGCGGCGGCUGGACGAGGCGAUCGAGCGGCUGGAGGCCAACACGGACAGCAAGAUGCGGCAGAUCACGGCGCUCAACAACUUCGAGCUGAGCAUGAGCUCCAUGUACGUGCUGGACUGGCCCGCCAUGCGCGACAACUUCCUGCGCUGCGUCGAGCUCAACAGCUGGAGCCACGCGCUCUACUACUUCAUCGCCGGCUGCGCCGAGAUCGAGCUGUACCGCGACGCUUUCCACGCCGCGGCCGCGCUGGGCGACGACGACAGGGAGAAGGGCGUCCUCUUGACCGAGGCGCAGAAGCACAAGAAGGCCGCCGAGGAGUACCUGCGCAAGGCGCCCACCGUGGCGGGUAAGAAGCGGUUCAUGGCGCGGCAGCUGCCGUUCGAGGUGUUUGUGAGCCGCAAGCUGCAGAAGUGGGAGGAGCGCGCGAAGACCGUCGGGCUGGAUCUCGCUGAUGCCGUGGCCGUCAGCCCGGCGGUCGAAAUGAUCUACCUGUGGAACGGCAGCAAGCGGAUGGGGACCAAGUACCUAGAGAAGGCGAGGACGCUGUUGGUGUGGGAGCGGUGCACCGCGCCGGCAGACAAGCUGGCCAAGAUCAAGGAGGAGAAGGACGAGUUUGCCAUUGCCCAGUUGACGGAGUCGGCGCUGUUGCGGCAAUUGCGCAGGGGCGCUGAGGCGAGAGCUUUGGUCGAGCCCCUGCUGGCGAUGGACAAAACCGUCUUCAAAGGCCCUACCAGGGACGAUUAUUGUCGAGCUGCCGCCGACUACGAGAUGGCCGCGGUGGCCUGGAUGGAGGUGUGGGACCGGGAAAGCUGGCCUACGGGUGCGGCGGACGAGGUUCAGGCGUUUAGACGCCAGAAGGUUGAUGAAUGCCGCCAGUACCUGGAUAAAGUGUCCAAGUCGGAGGGAUUCGUGCUGGAUGCCCGGUUCGGGAUGAGAGUCAAGGCCGGUAUGGAGACGGUUGAGUGGUUGAGGACAAGGAAAGGGUGGGCAUGACAAGGUGGUCUUUUGGCUCCCUUUCAGGUAUAUUAAAUACACGGUGUACAUGUAGGAUACAUUGGGAGGGCGGGUUUGGGCGGAAUUAGACGGUAGCGUGGAUAUCACGCAAAUAUUGUU